CAGAAACUUGCAGCGCAUGGGGACGAUUAUCUGGGAAAGUUCAUGGGGUAUUAACCCCGCCGCUGGAGCUCUCCGCCUCCCCCUUUCUACCGCCAGUGAUAGAAACUCUGCCUCCGCUCUCUCUCACCAUCAAGGAACCCUGCUCUCUGGCUCUCUACAGAAAGAUACCAGGAAUCUUUUUUAGUGGUGGAUAUGGGGGAUCGAAUGGUGGUGGUUUCGGUUCUGCAAUUUGCGUGCUCAGAUGAUGUCUCUGCAAAUGUUGACAAAGCAGAAAGGUUGGUUAGAGCUGCCCAUAAGAAAGGAGCAAAUAUUAUUCUUAUUCAGGAACUUUUUGAGGGGUAUUAUUUCUGUCAGGCCCAGAGAGAGGAUUUCUUUAAACGAGCGAAACCAUACAAGGGGCACCCUACAGUUCUGAGGAUGCAGAAUCUUGCAAAAGAGUUGGCUGUUGUUAUUCCUGUGAGUUUCUUUGAGGAGGCAAAUAAUGCUCAUUACAAUUCUAUUGCUAUUAUAGAUGCGGAUGGAACAGAUUUAGGGCUCUAUAGGAAGUCACAUAUUCCAGAUGGACCAGGCUAUCAAGAAAAAUUCUACUUCAAUCCGGGGGACACUGGCUUCAAGGUCUUUCAAACAAAGUUCGCAAAGAUUGGAGUUGCCAUCUGUUGGGAUCAAUGGUUCCCGGAGGCAGCAAGAGCGAUGGUGCUACAGGGUGCUGAAAUAUUGUUUUACCCAACUGCUAUUGGAUCUGAACCUCAGGAUGAAGGCCUUGAUUCAUGUGAACAUUGGAAGCGAGUAAUGCAAGGCCAUGCUGGAGCCAAUGUGGUACCUCUCUUAGCUUCUAAUCGGAUAGGAAAGGAGGUUAUCGAAACAGAGCAUGGAAAGACUGAAAUUACAUUCUAUGGCAAUUCAUUCAUUGCAGGUCCAACAGGAGAAAUAGUGGCUCAAGCUAAUGCCAAAGAUGAAGCCAUUCUUGUGGCUGAGUUCAAUCUUGAUAAGAUCAAGUCCAAGAGACAUAGUUGGGGUGUGUUCAGGGACCGACGCCCUGACUUGUACAAGGUGUUGCUUACUCUAGAUGGAAGCACUGGAUAGAAUAGGCAUAGAGGGUCACAAGUUUCUCAUUUUUGUUGAGGGCUACCAAGAGGAAUCAAUUUUCCAUCAAAUUGCAAUAAGCCAUGUCAGGCAGGGGCCAUUGAGAUGUUAUCCUCAGAAUGGAAGACAGGAAAGGCUUAGUCCCUUUUCCAGUUGUGAUUGUGAAACAUAGUUUGCAGACUUCGAAACCAAUUUUGUGGUCGUGAAACACACUUAAUUUGUGGUGGUUUUUUUAGUUUUUAUAUGAUGGCAAUACAAUGGUGUAAUAUAUAAUAUUUUAUCUUGUGACAUGCAAUAUACAAUUUUUUAUCU